UAUAGGUCCAUCUUGUUUAGAAACAGUUUGCUCUAAGGUAAAUGCAGCGGGCAGAUUCCACUCGCCCCCCCGCAUGCCGUUAACCCCGCGGCGGGGAGGGAAAAAAAAACCGCGCGUCCCGGCGGCGGCCCAUGCGGCGGCGCUCGGCGGCGGCGGGGCGGCGGCGGGCGGCCGCGGGCCGGGGGCUGCGCGGCGCGGCCGCCGUGAAUGUGCAGGCGGCGGAGCGCGGUUAGGCGUUCGCGGCGCUCGCAGCGGUGUAUUGUGGGAUCCCGGCCGCCGCCAGCAGCGAGCACACACACAAUAUGUGGUGGCUCGCGAAAACGGGAGGCAGGAGCCUGGCGGGCAGCCCGCGCCGGUAACCGGCCCCAUGUGAGACGGGAGCUCGCCUUUCGCCGCCCGGAGACGAUCGGCCGCCCAGCGCGAUGUCUUUCCGAGAGACCAAGGCGGGGGAAAAAGCCAAGCACCCUGAAGAUCAUGGCAAAAAGCAGAGUUCAAGUUGGAUCAACGGAAUGGAGAACAGCACGCAAGCCAGCACUUCUGUCGAGAAAAGAAAUCACCAUUGGAGAAGUUACAAGUUGAUUAUUGACCCGGCUCUGAAAAAAGGACAGCACAAACUCUACCGUUACGAUGGGCAACAUUUCAGCAUGCCUAACUCGGGGAUCGCUCCUGUGGAUUGUGUCAGGGAUCCCAGAAUAGGGCGAAUAUGGACCAAAACUAAGGAGUUGGAGCUGUCUGUCCCCAAAUUCAAGAUUGAUGAAUUUUACGUGGGGCCAGUGCCUCCCAAGCAGGUCACCUUUGCCAAGCUGAACGACAACAUCCGUGAAAACUUUUUGGCCGACAUGUGCAAGAAAUACGGCGAAGUGGAAGAGGUGGAGAUUCUUUACAACCCCAAGAACAAGAAGCACCUGGGCAUUGCCAAAGUCAUCUUUGCCACUGUCAAGGGUGCCCGGGAGGCUGUGCAGCACCUUCACAACACUUCUGUCAUGGGCAACAUCAUCCACGUGGAGCUGGAUACAAAAGGUGAAACCCGCAUGAGAUUCUAUGAACUGCUGGUUAAUGGUCUUUACACUCCUCAGACCCUCCCUGUAGGCACCGAACAGGAUGUGUCCCCAACUGGGAACGAAGCUCUCCAGUUGACGGACUCCCUGAAGCGCCUGAAGGACAGUUCCCUUUCUUCCGCGGGCUCCUCCGUUACCCCAAACAGCAGCACGCCCUUUUCCCAUGACACAGCCUAUUCCAGCUGCCGGCAGGACACCCCAAACUCCUACAGCCAAUUCACCCCACAGUCCCAAGGAACACCCCACACCCCGCGCCUGGGGACGCCGUUCUCCCAGGAUUCCACCUACUCCAGCCGACAGACAACGCCUGUGUACCAUUUUGGGCAGGACAGUGGGUACAAGCCCAGGAGGCACGAGACAAAAUUUACGGAUGCAUACAACCGUCGCCCGGGACACCACUACAUGCACAACUCGGCGGGGGUGUUCCGAGGCACAGAGCAUCAGUUUAGUACAUUCAAAUCCCAUCAGCAGGAGCCAGUUCAGUUCUCUCACACUCCUCCCCUGAGCCACUCUAGUUCCUCGAGCUAUAAAUCUGCCUUCUCCCCCUAUCAAGCACCAGCUGUUUUUCCCCAAUCCGAGGAGCAGCCGCCGUUUCCCCAGACUUCCAGGGAGGCAGAGUACCGGAGACCUGCACCGCCUCCCACCGAGAUGGUUGUGGAAAGCAGCGCUGCCCCAAGCAUCGACUUUGUCCCAGUGAAGGAGAAACCGGAGGAGCCUCCGCCCUUGCCCGACUCGAACUCUGUUCCUGAACCAAGCACAGCGUCCUUCUCUCAGACUCCAGAGAGGAGUGAGACCCCUGGCACCCCCACCAUGGAGACUGAGAUGCAGCAUAACAGUUUAGACUCAAGGAUUGAGAUGCUCUUAAAAGAGCAGAGAACAAAAUUACCCUUUCUUAACGAGCAUGACUCAGAUAAUGAGAUCCGAAUGGAAGGUAGCCCUAUUUCCUCCUCUUCUUCCCAGCUUUCCCCCAUCCCAACAUACGGUUCAAACUCUCAGCCUGGUUUCAGGGGUCAGACACCUUCCUCGCGCCCUUCCAGCACAGGCUUGGAGGACAUCAGCCCCACACCCUUACCUGACUCUGAUGAUGAUGAGCCCAUCCCUGGGACAGCUUCUCUGAGUCAGAAUUCCCGGGGGACAUCGGAGGCCAGCAUGACUCCCAUUGAUCAGCUGAGUAGGACCUCCAAAAUUGAGACCUCGGAGGCUAAAGAAAUGGUGCCUGGUGACCAGACUCCAACGUCAGAAAAAAUGGACGAGGGUCAGCAUUCCUCAGGGGAGGACAUGGAAAUCUCUGACGACGAGACCAACCCUGCGCCCAUCACCAGCGCGGAAUGUGCCAAAACCAUUGUGGUCAACUCCUCCGUCAGCAACACGGCCGUGAUGGCCCCGUCCAUCCCCCCGCUGCCACCGCCGGGAUUCCCUCCUCUUCCUCCUCCUCCUCCUCCACAGCCUGGCUUCCCGAUGCCCCCUCCGCUGCCUCCGCCACCUCCGCCCACCCACCCGGCCGUCACCGUGCCCCCGCCGCCGCUGCCCGCCCCGCCCGGGGUGCCUCCGCCUCACAUCCUGCCCCCGCUGCCCCCGUUCCACCCCGGCAUGUUCCCGGUCAUGCAGGUGGAUAUGAUCAGCGUCCUGGGCAACCAGUGGGGUGGCAUGCCCAUGUCCUUCCAGAUGCAAACUCAGAUGCUGAGCCGCAUGAUGCAGGCACAGAACACGUACCAGUACCCGCCUUUCAUGACGGGCCGGAUGCAGUUCGUGAAUCUUCCUCCCUACCGCCCGUUCUCGAUGGGAGCCGCUCUCGCCCGCGGGCAGCAGUGGCCACCUCUGCCCAAGUUUGACCCCUCGGUUCCACCCCCGGGUUAUGAGCCGAAGAAGGAAGAUCCCCACAAAGCCACUGUGGAUGGAGUUCUCCUGGUCAUAGUGAAGGAACUGAAGGCCAUCAUGAAAAGGGACCUGAAUCGCAAGAUGGUCGAGGUGGUGGCGUUCCGGGCGUUUGAUGACUGGUGGGACAAGAAGGAACGUCUGGCAAAAGCGUCUCUCACUCCAGUGAAGUCUGGAGGAGAACUGGAGGAAAAACCAAAGCCAAAGGAUCGAAUGGCCUCUUGUCUCCUGGAGAACUGGAACAAAGGAGAAGGGCUGGGAUACGAGGCCAUCGGCUUGGGCAUUGGGUUACGAGGGGCCAUCCGGCUGCCAUCCUUCAAGGUGAAAAGAAAGGAGCCACCUGAAGCUGCCUCAGCGGGAGAUCAGAAGAGAAUCCGGCCUUCUACUUCUGUGGAUGAUGAAGAUGAAGAGUCGGAGAGGGACAGGGAUGCUUCUGAUACGACAUCUGACCUGUCAAAGAAGGAUGCAGAGGCAGUGGGGCUGCGACGGCGACCAGCAAGGCCAUUGGAGCUCGACAGUGAGGGAGAGGAGGGAGAUGAGACAUCAGGGAAAGAAGAAGAGUCAUCUUCAGAGAAGGAAGAGGAGCAGGAAGAAGAGGGAGGCUUGGUGAAAGCAGCACCUGGCAAGGAGGAAGAGGAGGAUGAGGAGGAUGAAGAUGAUGAGGAUGAAGAUGACGAUGAAGAUGAGGAUGAAGAUGAUGAGGAGGAGACAGGCAUAGACACAAGUGACAAGGAGGAGGAGCAGGACUCCGAGGAGGAUGUAGCAAGUCCCUCAUCUUCCAAGGCUGAAGCUGAAUCAUCUGAUGAGAGUGAGGACUCCUCUGAAUUCGAGUCAAGUUCAGACUCGGAUGAUGAAGAUGAGGAGGAUGAUGAUGAUGAUGAAGAUGAGGAGGAAGAAGAGGAGGAAGAGGUGGCUGAAGAUCAAGGCAGAGAAGCCAUGGCUGCUGAGCCAGAGCAUGAACCUGCUGGUCAUGAGCUUCCUGAUGAUGAGAGGGAGACUAUUUUGGACCUGUAUCCUGUGGAUGACUACAUGGAUGCAACAGGCUUGGGACUUGCUGAGCCAGCUUUGGCAGUGAAAGAUGAAGGCAGUGGAGAAAUCAAGGCAGGGGAAAGUGAGUGUGGCCAAGUUCUGGGGGCUUCUGUUGCUGCUGAAACUCUGAAACAUUUGGUUAUGGAAAGAGACCAGGAGACAAAGCUUGCACUCUCUCCCAUCUGCAGGCCAGAGGAAGAGUCCGAACCCACUUCCAUGCUGGAGCCAGAGGUACAGGAAGGUCCAAAGCCUGAAUCUCAAGAUGAGGAGGCGUCUCUCUGUAUCUCUGCUCCAGGGGGAGUCUUUGGGGAACCUCUGCCCAGCAAAAGCAGCUUCUUUGGCAAGCCUGAGGACAGCAGCUUGGAAGCCAGAGUUAAAGCAAAGCCACCGUCGGCAGCAGAGGAGGACGAGCGGCUGCCGCGCACUCCCGGGCGGGAGGUGAUGAUCCACCCGGAGACUGAGACUCUCCUGCUGCCAGCCCACAAGGUGCCAUCCUCCAUGCUUCCCCUGCCGUCGACUCCUGGCAAGGAAGAAUCUUUAGUCCCUCCAGAAAAGUUCCCUGAACAAUUAAUGGUGACCAAAACAUCCGUGGAAGAGGAGAUUCCUAGGACUCCCGGGCGGGACAUUUUGGCCAAGUCUUCGCACCCCCUUGCGAAGUCGCAGAGCACGGACACUGUUCCAGCCACGCCAGGAAGUGACGCUCCCCUUACAGGAAGCAGCUUGACCCUCAGUUCCCCUCAAGUCCCAGGGAGCCCCUUUUCCUACCCAUCCCAAUCUCCUGGCAUUAAUAGUGGCAUUCCUCGGACUCCUGGGAGAGAUUUCAAUUUCACGCCUACUUUCCCAGAGGCUGGUGCUACCAUUCCUUGCCUUCUGCCUGGCAAGAAACAGUCAGAGGAUGAGCUAGAAGAGAAAACCUUUAAAGAGCCUCUUGGUGCUUCCCUUACGAUCAGCAUGAACAGUGUUCCUUCCCCUAUCCCCUUUGCCAGCCCCCCGCAAGCAGAUUUCCACAUGGACAUGGGUUUGCCACCUGAUGAGCCAAUACCUGUAGCAGCCCUGCCGUGCAUGCAUGGAGAUGGAAGAAUGCCCAUCGAGGAAUGCAAGGCAGAAGUAAAACCUGGUUUGCUCUCCCCAGAAGUACCCCCUGGGGCUUCUGUUCUUCCUCCCCCACCACCACCUUCUGUUCUUCCCAAAAGGAGGCCGGGUCGGCCGAGGCGGUCCCCACCUUCUGUCCUCUCGCUGGAUGUGUACUCGGGCAAAACCAUAGAACCUCCUCCCAUGCCAGUGGCCUUGGUGGAAGGUGCUGUGGGCAAAGAGCUGUUGAGUGGACAUCCUGAUGCCUACUAUGGACUGAAAGACCCUGAAGCCGUCCCCCUGGACUUCAGGAAUGACGGUUUCCACGAAAAAAUAGCAGCUGAGACAGUUGCAGAGAAACUGCCAUUCAAGGAACUGGAGAACCAGUGGAAUGAGGACAUCAAGGAAGAAGAAGCUCACGCCAAGCCCAAGCGGCAGUGGCGGAGGCAGAAGAAGACAUCUGAGGAGCUGCCAGUGAUCCCUUCCCCCGAGUAUUCCCCGCCCCGGCCGCAGUUCAGGCCGCGCUCCGAGUUUGAGGAGAUGACCAUUCUGUAUGACAUCUGGAACGGGGGCAUAGACGAGGAGGAUAUCAAAUUCAUGUGCAUCACCUACGACCGCUUGUUACAGCAGGACAAUGGUAUGGACUGGCUCAAUGACACCCUGUGGGUUUUCCAUCCUUCUACCAGCUUUUCUACCCCCAAGAAGAAGAAGCGUGAUGACGGGAUGCGGGAGCACGUGACGGGCUGUGCACGAAGCGAAGGCUAUUACAAAAUUGAUAAGAAGGACAAACUCAAAUACCUCAACAAUAGCCGAGCUUUUGCAGAGGAGCCUCCAGCUGACACACAGGGUAUGAGCAUCCCUGCCCAACCUCACGCUUCCACCCGGGCUGGUUCCGAGAGGCGCUCAGAGCAGCGCAGGCUCCUCUCCUCCUUCACGGGCAGCUGCGACAGCGACCUGCUCAAGUUCAACCAGCUCAAGUUUCGGAAGAAAAAACUAAAAUUCUGCAAGAGCCACAUUCACGACUGGGGCCUUUUUGCUAUGGAGCCCAUUGCAGCUGAUGAGAUGGUGAUCGAGUACGUGGGUCAGAACAUCAGGCAGGUCAUUGCUGACAUGCGUGAGAAGCGAUACGAGGACGAGGGCAUUGGCAGCUGUGAGCAGAGCUCAGGGAGCCUUGUGGAGGAGGUCAUUGCUGACAUGCGUGAGAAGCGAUACGAGGACGAGGGCAUUGGAAGAAAACCAAGCAAGUUUCGCACUUCUGCCAGGAUCAUGAGUGAAAGCAAAAAGCGCACACGCUUACGAGGACUGUUCAUGUUUCAGGUGCUUUUUCCUUUUCAGAUCCAACACGCACACAAAAAGGUGGCUACCUUUUGUGGCAUGGUCUAUCCAAACACUAGCUUCUCUGUUGAGUCCCUGAAGUAA